CCAACGCUAGAUGAGGGAGUGUGUGCGUAACUUACUUAUACCCGGGAAACGAUCGCGAUCAAUUAAUCUGAGUCGUUAUGACCUGAUGGGAAGCCUGGGUGUAAAAUAUUACAUCUUUUAAUAUAUGCACCUGAGCACUUCAUAAAUGAAGCAAGGAGAGUACAAAGGAUAAAAGUUUUGAUCGAGAUGGCAGUAUUCCUUCUGGCUGCUAUCGAGACUCUUUCGGCCAACGCAGACGCCGACCCAUCGUCACCUGUUGCUCUAUUGAAUACAUGCAACACCGGGAAUGCUGCACAUGCAUCACUGGAAACCUCAGCGGUUUCAUCCAUUGAUGAAAAAACCUCACCAAGAAACAAUCGCGCUACUGGUGUAAAACUUUCAAUAACUGGACAAGUUCUAACCGAUGAAACUGGGCCACUUGUCAACGAAUCGAAUUUAAUGGAAGAAAUGCCCCAUACCGGCGCUGUUGACAACUCCCCAGCGACGGAUACCAACCAGUAUCCCGACAUCGAUCCGCUCUCUACUGAAUUGACAUUGGACUUGAAUAAGGAAAUUCUGGGUGGGACUUAUUUCUCGCUGCCCAUUAAUUUGACGGUAUCGGCUCCCUGUUCUGUUGGUACAACCAUGACAUCUGCAGCAGAGGUGGGCGGUGGACUCGAUGAAUGCUCCCUUUCUGUGAGGUCCUCCAGCUCAACUGAAGAGGAUUUCUCAAUCAUUUCUUCUUUCGAUGAAGAGGACCCGGAUAGUUGGAUGCUGGUGCCUCCCAAAUCCGAAGAUUCCUCCGUUGGCGAGUUCGUAGAAGAGGAAAAUUUGUUCCAACAAGAAACCGAAAAUGAACUUUCAAUCACAAAGUAUUACGAAGAAGAAGAAUGCAUGUCGCUUAAUGAGCCUCUUUUUGUCACGCAGUACGAUGAAGGACAAGAAAGUUCCGUGUUCCAUGAGUCCGAGCAUGAAACUUUUAUGGUGAAGCACGCAAAAGAAGAAGAUGGUCACAUCGUAGAUGAGCCAGAAGAUCAAUUUGACACAACAUUUGAAGUUGCUGACGAGAGUAUCGCAUUAACAGAAUUCGCCAAAGAAAAUGAGCCAUUGCUUUAUGAGAUUGAAGAAGAAUCAAAGUCUGAGGAACAUGAUUGUUCUUAUUAUUAUGACUCGCUGGAUUUCCCUGAAGCUGACCACCAGUCUUCCUCAUCCGAAAAUGAAGAUGAUGAAAAAUUAGAGGAUGGAACUUCUGGAAAUUCAGUUCUUUUUAUUGCUUCUCAAACCUACGAAGCUCAGUCUUAUGAAGCAGAGGAUUUGGUAAAAGAGAGAUCUUCACAUCAAUACCAUAACAAGGUUGGCAUAGGAGAAUCGCUGAACGACUCCAUGUCCGAUUAUAUGGAUUUGGAAGAAGAACAUUUCCAAGACUGCACUGACGACUGCAGCAUCGAAUGGGAUGGGUCAAGCACCUUGCAAUGGAAGAACCGUCGUUUGUCUGAGUCCGAAGACAGCACCGGAGGUUACGAGAAAUUUAUUAACGACGACCAGAGCUCCGGCGACAACAUAGACAUGAACAUCGUGGAAGAGCUUCGGCCCAUGCAUACCUCGAACGUCGAGUCAAAUUACUCCGUGUCUGACCUUCCUAUUUUGGAAGGAAACUUCUUCCAGCUGGCAGAUACACCUCCGUUUGCAAAAAGGGAUUCGGAGGGAAAGUGUGUUUGGCAAGGAUUGAUGACACCUUUUGAGAUUCCUGGCGAGCGAUGCGAUGAACUAUGCGGCAUAGACGCAACAACUGAUGUGCUUGCCAGUUAUUUGAGUGACGUAGAGCACAGUAACUGUGACGUGGUCUUCGGAGACUUUGACUGUUCAUUGCCGUUAUCGCCUCCAAUGACUCCGGAUUCUUCUAACUCAAAUUGCCACGCAUUUCCGUACUCGACGACUAUCACUCCCCCCAUGUCGCCACUCAAGUGCAACUCGACGUCACCACUUCCUUCAGAUGAAGAUUCUUCUUCGUCACAAAAUACUUCGCAUUUGUUCGCUGUCCCAAACGAAGAUAUGUCACCGGGACUUCUGGCUGAAACUUUUUCCGAGUGUCGCCCCAAACCGAGUUCUGUUUUCGAGUGUAGCCUCAAUCCGGGUUCUGGUUUCGAGUGUGGCCUCAAACCGGUAGCGGUUUCCAAAUUUCGCCCCAAACCUGGACCGGUUGCCGAGUGUCGCCCCAAACCGGGACCUAGAUUCGAGAGUCGUCCCCAGCAGAAGAGUGGGGACCUGCCUGACGAUUGCGAUCCCAUGGACGACUUUCCGAACUUCGACUCGGCCUAUGACUACUUCCCAGCUAGGAUGCAGCGCGCCAGGAAGGUCGACUACCGCGGCUUUGGUACCAAGAAAACGAGACGCCAGCGCAGGAUUUGGUGAAGAAAAUCUGUCUACUAAUCCGUUCAGUCCUACACAUGAUUUAGUUUUCUAGAUGACACAUCAUUUAGGUAUUGUUUGACACAUUUACUGGUUAUCUGGUCUAAAUGACCCAUGAUUUGGAUGAUUUAGAACAGAAAAUCUGUCUACUAAUCCGUUCAGCUCUACACAUGAUUUUGUUAUCGAGAUGACACGUAAUUUAAUUGUUAUUAGACACAUUCAUUGGUUAUCUGGACCUAAUGACCCAUGAUUUGGUUAUCUGGUUUAAACGAAUGCAAGCCCGUCUCCACUAAACGA